UACGUACGUACGUAAGUAGGUACGUAGGUUGCGUACCACACACAACUCACACACAGAGAAACAUGGCGGACGUGUUGGACCUACAUGAAGCGGGAGGCGAGGACUUUCCUAUGGACGAGGAUGGUGAUGAGAGCAUCCACAAACUGAAGGAGAAAGCCAAAAAGAGGAAAGGACGAGGCUUUGGCUCAGAGGAAGGAGCCAGGUCCAGAAUUAAGGAGGACUAUGAUACUGUGGAGCAGGAUGGGGAUGAACCAGGCCCUCAGAGAUCUGUGGAGGGAUGGAUUCUGUUUGUGACAGGUGUCCAUGAAGAAGCCACUGAGGAAGAUAUCCAUGACAAGUUUUCAGAGUUUGGCGAAAUCAAGAACCUGCAUCUCAACCUUGACCGCAGAACAGGCUACCUCAAGGGGUAUGCACUGGUGGAGUAUGAGACGUACAAAGAGGCUCAGGCAGCCAUGGAAGGGCUCAACAGUCAGGACAUGAUGGGGCAGCCCAUUAGUGUCGACUGGGGAUUUGUCAGAGGGCCCCCAAAGAACAAGAGGAGGGCUGGUGGACGGAGACGCAGCAGAAGUCCAGACAGGAGGCGGCGUUAACUCUGGCAGGUGUCGGUGGCCAGAGAAGGGGUCUGUCACUCUGACCUUGUCAACGUCUCAUGGAGCAGUUUUUUUUCCUUCUUGUUUUGUGAACAUUAUUUUCAGUAACCGUUACAUGGCAUGCAAGUUUAAAAUACUGCGGUAAACAGUUGCUCCUCUGAAGAGAUGAAUAAUGUAAGCAUCAAGGCAUCCACUCAGCAUUUGGCUGUAAAUGCAGCUUUAGAGUGUAACCGGUUAUCCAUUAAACAACAUGGCUGAAACUUUGUUUUUACUUUUUAGUGUCAACCAACUUGUAGGUUAAUUAAUACGUAUUUGUGGUUUUCUGGAGUCACUCAAUUUCUUGUUUCCUUGAUGUUAUGUGCAUUUUAUUGUGCAGUGCUUUUUUUUAUCACGUUGGGAAAAUUAAAGUUUUUAAAAAGUCAAA